ACACAAUUUAGUCUCCAUUUGCACAUAAAGCCAACUCUGUAAAGCACACUUUUCCUUAAGACCUCACACCGUAUCACAAAUGUAAAUACAUACGUACAGAUAUAUCCACACAGUAGAUGUAAAAAACCAUUAGCCUAUUUUCACUGAGAUAUUUUUGAGGUCAUAUCAGUCAUUCUGCAUUAAAUCACAGCGCCCAUGUAACAUGUUACUAUAAUAACUUGCAAAAGCAAAAACUAGAAAAGGUGGUUGCCUAAAAUGUUUGUUUAACGCACUUGUUUAGUCCGUGAUCAUAUUUUCUGUAGAUACCGUAUGGCUCGGGUCUCUCGUUCAAAAGCAUUUUUUCACCUGCUUUCUUGUCCUCAACAACACACGUGAUUUGGGGAAUCAUCCGUGUGUCUAGCACAAAUAAUUACGGGCCAAGGUUUAUUAAUUGCUUGAAAAACAAACAAAAACCUAGCCAGAUGGAUGAGCAACAGUGAAAGUAGCAAACAGCACAGACACUGACCUGUAAUUAGAAGAAGCUCCUGAAAACAAUAGCUUCUGUAUUACUCAGUCCUUACUAACCUUGUUAGACUGUAACAUGAACUGUAUAAUGUAAAAUAUCUCAUAAGUCAUUUCUUGGGUUCUCGGCGAGCGACAAAGCCUGCCGUGUGAAAGCAUCAGCAGGGGUGUUUAGUUUGAGUUGGUUCUGGCUAUAAUGGGUCCAUUGAAACCCACAGAGAAACAGUGUCAUGCAUUUUUAAUCAGGUGGCUUCUGAGGUCGCCUGCUCCAUUCUGAGGACGUAAAUUAUGAGAAACGGUGGGUUGAACGCUGAACCGAGCUGACAGAAAGACAAUGACAUUACCUCACGACAGGAAGAGAGUGUUUUUAUUACAUUGAUCUGUAAUUUUCAUUUCCAAUAUGCGAGCGCCAGAAGUCUUAUCUGCAAACAUCUGGAUGGGGGCUCGUCCGGGAUCGUCGCUCCAGUGUGCUGUAUGAAAAGAUAAGAAAAUAAUUAUCUCGGAUGACAUUCUGUGUUAGACUGUAACAGACGGUGAAGAAACAUGAGAACAAGGACAUUGCUGAGUGUUGCGUCCGGGUUUAUGGGUUUCUCCUGUGAGGCUGUGCGGAGCUGUGCAGAGAUCCAGUGUGAAGAAGACCAGCGAUGCUGCACUCAGAACAGCAGCAGCAGCAUCACGUCCGUCCGUCAACUCCCUCAGCACACUUUCGUAGACAACUUGGAAUGGAUCGCCCGUAAGCUGUCGGGACUGAUGAUCCUGCUGUUGCUCUUCGUGGUGGGUUAUUUCAUUCAGCGCGUCUUGUGUCCGCGUCCCCGCCGUCAAACGCCAGAGGAGCCGUCGCUUCUCCAUGGACACGCGUCCCAGGACUCCCUCACAGGGGAUUUCAGCUCUCCGGUGCUGCUGCUUCCCACGUACGAGGAAGUGAAUCAUCUGCCCACAUAUGAGGAGAUCAUGAUGGAGGGGAAUGGAGACAAUCUGAACUCGAACACAGGAGCGACGGAGCAAAGACAAGCAACAGUGCAAACAUCUAGAGGACCCAGAAACACUCUAUAAGUAAAUCUUUGUGUUUAACUUGAUUCUGGAACAGCUAAAGCAUUCACAAUAAUGCGUACCGUGUGUCAUCAUACAGCUUUUCACUUUUCACGACAUUUUUACAUUCAGGUUUGGCUCUUACAGUGAGUAUUUUGAAAUAACCAGUCCUAGACCGUGCAAAAUUAUCAGUAAAACGCAUAAGUAAUUGACCUCGUGGACAGUAUUCAUAACAGUUUUCAUUGAUUUGCUGGUCUUAUUUGUGCAAAAAAGAGAUGGACUGCUCAAAUGAAUAGGACAAACGCAUAUAGCUAGAACAACUUGAAAAACAGUUUUUAGCUUAAGGUGAAAAAAGCACAGUAUUCAAGACCAUUGUCAGAUUUUAAUGUUGAUGUGACGUGUUAUUUAAACGUAAUCCUGACAAACACCUUUAGUUUUAUCCUUCCCACAAGCUCAGCGUAAACUUCAGACUUUCAGUGUCUCGAUUACACUUUUGUAUAUAAAAAACAUCAUAUGAUGUGAUUUGUGGUGAAACAUAUGAUUUGUCAUUUUUAAAAAAAAGUAAGUAUAAAGCUGCUCCCUUAAAUCCAACCCUCAGUGGGGCAUGGGCAGGUCGUCACAUGAAAAUAUGAGAUUGUACAAAUUUGUUGCCAAUUUGCCAAACCUUAAAAUAGUUACAAAUCAUCAUGAGACUGUGUUGGCCAGCCUUAUUCACAAUCAUGAAUGCCCCCUUCAGCUGCGCUGCAUUUGCCUUUUUUGUAUGUUGGAAUUUAAUCACUGAAGGUCAGCAGCAAAGACUCGUAGUAAAAAUAAAACAAAGUUUAUUUAUAUAAAAUUCAGAGUUUGUAUUUCCUUGCAUAUUCUGACUCUUUUUGAUGAAUACAGAAUCUGUUUUGUGCACAUGAAAGUAAAAAGCACUGAUGCAAGCUCUGCUGCUGUUAUAAAACCACCCAGAACACCUCAAACUUAAAACUGCUUCAAACUUUAGAAGACUUUUUUUUGAAGACUUUGAGGACUUUUUUUUUUUUUUAAAUCAAACUUUUGAAACUACUUUGGCCAUUACUGAACGAUGUGAGAACUGACCGUACAGGUGAGUAUACUAAGAACAACACAACCAGGCAAGGCAUUUAACUCAGGCAGUAACAGUUUCUCUUUGCACUCGCAAAUAAACAUAGACCAAAUGCUAGAGUUGAUAGGCAAUUUAGCAGAGCACAGGAAAAUACACAGGAGAACAGACAAAGCAGAUCACCAAGUGUGAAUGUACAGGUGAGCAAU